GCUGGAAUGGCGGGGACAACCACUGCAGCGUAUACCGCAGAUGUUUGGACGUCACCCAGCACUGUAGACGGGGGUCAGAACCAGUGGGAUUACGCCGUCCCGGUUAGACAGAAUAGUACCGUUCGUCGCACAAAAUCUCGAUCGUCUCACGAUUCUGCCUAUACCCGCUCGCGAGAUCGUGUCUCUCGAGGAUCUCGCAGCUCCUCCGUGUCCAGACAUGCCUACGCACAUGACCCAACGCGCCGACACGACGCGAGUCUGAGUCGCCGUGCAAGUGAAGCCGGGAGCUUGCGGGCAGCUUAUGGUUAUGGGCACGACACAGCCAACGCCAGCCAUAGCUCGGGAAAUCUGAGAGACUCAGUAGAUGCGCCGCGCGAUGCUCCUCUUGGCCGGGGCGAUAUGAAGGAUGGGAUUGGGCUGUACAUGAAUGAUUUCGACCACGAGAACUGGAUCCACCGGGACAAAUUGGCCAAGAUUGAGAGCGAGGAGCUUCACCAGGCCGCGAUCUUUUUCCAACGCCGAGGGGGCGGCCUCGAGCCCAGCCGAUCACAACGCGGAAGGAAUCAUGAGUCGAACCACACCCCUCUGAGCGGGUCUUCGGUGACCACGCCGCCCGCGAAUGAGGCCACAGAGCCUUGGCCGAACAUGCAGGAUGAUCCGCGGGAUAUCACGAGCUCCCCGACUUCUUUUGAGCACGGCACCGAGCGCCACAAUUGGGACCUGCGUCGGCCGGAGGAGAUCGCCGCCGACAAAAACGCUGCGAAUUUCUACCAGAAUCCUGGUUUGCGCAAGAGCUCGUCUCGGAUACCCAUCCCGACCGCCAGUCCGGCUCCCAUUUCACCGAACCAAACGGGCCGUGAGUUCCCUAUGCAACGCGCGCGGGGGCUUACGAAUGGAGAGGAUGAUGCGCUGGCCUUCGGGAAACCACGGAGGGCUAGUGAGCCUAUCGUCGUGGACUCUUUGGAGGGCUCGACUCCCCCGGGCGCUAGCAGUCGACCCGUGAGUCGCGGGUUCCCAAGCGGUCAGACUACGUCGGGCAAGAGAACUACCGGGAAAGGAACGGCAGCAACGGGCACCCGAAAGUCGUCGGCGCCUCCCGCCACGCGGAAGACAACUCCGAGAAGUCGAGCUCCGUCUGGAACCCAGCGUCCGACCACACGAUCGGGCGAAGGCCGUCCUGCUCACCCCGUCAAUCGUCCCGAGGGUGAUCCGCCGUGGCUGGCGACCAUGUAUAAGCCGGAUCCGCGUCUUCCUCCGGAGGAACAGAUGCUCCCCACUCACGCCCGUCGGAUGCAGCAACAAAUGUGGGAGCAAGAGGGCCGGACGCCGACGACGUAUGAUCGCCAGUUUGCUCCGUUAGCCAUUGGCCCCGAUGGGGGACCACGUCCGGUCGAAGUGAAGAAAGAAGAGCCCCAGAAACAGCCGACAUCGCCGCUGCCACCGCCAGUGUCGCCGCUACCACCGCAGCCUUCGUCGAAACCGGAGAAUCGGGCGCCCGAAAUCUUGCCCACGCCCAAGAGUCCCGAUCCCAGCACUCGACCCAGUACAGGAACCGGCUACAGCACCAUGCCUAAGGUGCAGGAGCCUCCUCCUGCGGGACUGACCCCCAAAUGGAGCCCGCCGGUUGUCACUGCGCAGGAACCCCCCCAAAAGGAAAAGGGAUGUGGAUGCUGCAUUGUGAUGUGA